CGUUUAAUCGAAGCUGUUCGUAAAGAAAAUAUAAGUGAGGUGAUCCUAUUGCUAGCUCACAGUGAGAGAAAAGAUGUCAAUGAAGGAGAAGAUGAUGAUUUAAUAAGAACUCCACUUCAUAUUUCUUCAUCUAAAGGAAAUGUUGUAUUGACGCUCUUAUUAAUAUGGGUAGGUUUUUUCUACUGCUAGCCGCGCUGCCCUAAACCACAGAGUUAAGUCUAUCACUGUUGAUCGAGGAUGGGGAAUCGACUUGUCACUUGUGUAGAGUAACUUCCCUGUGCUUGAAGAAUUUUCUUGGGUUUGUUCGGGUUUCCUCCAUCACGAAAAACUAACCCUUAGUUGUCGAGCAUCAAAUAACUCGUUAUCAUUUUUGUCACGCUAAGGAGAAGUGUUAUGUAUGGCCUGGCAAACAACAAGAGGCAGUAAGCUAGUUGGUACCUUAGGCUAACACACCCUUUCGAUAAUUACGUCGCACAUACUUUUUGGUCUUGGAGCCUCGCUCUCAUCAGUAAAUUACGCAAGGUGAUUGGCUCACGAUUCAUGAGAGCGAGGCUCCCAGGCCAAAUGACGUAAUUAUCGAAAGGGUGUAUUGGCAGAACCAGACUGCAGCUGCGCGUGCGCUAAUUUCAGCCCGGGCAACUCGUAUAACAACAGGGGGUAACAAGUUUAUUGUAUGAAUUGUUGUGGCAAAUCUAAACCCCUAAUGCCAACAUUCAAUUUUCAAACGCCCUCCUUUUUUUCCAGUAUUUUGCAGAUGUAACCUUGCUUGACGGCCAAGGUCGAACUGCAUUGUGGUAUGCACGAGAAAGUAGUAGCAGAGAAUGCGAAGAAAUAUUAAGAUAUAAUGGCUGUCAGAGCAUGGGUCGGUCUUUGUCAUGUAGUGGAUCUUCAAAUAGUGGUGAUCUAACAUCAUAG